AGGGGCGCUGUCCUCAUACUGAGGCGGCAGAAAAGUUAUCCUGAUGCCGAGAAGUGGUUUUCCUAAGAGCGAGAUUUCGAAAGGCGAAGACUAUGUUGGCGGUUCCCCCCACAGGAAGCUCCUUCUAAUUCAUCAGGUCGUCACGAGGAGCUCAUUAGAUGAGAUUCUACCCACGAGAUGGAGGAUCUGCAUUCUGGAUGGAUAGUGGGCAGAACAAAUCUUCAGCCCCUUUUCCCCUCACCACCUAAUCCACUCAGCCUCUUCUAAACUGUAUCCCCAGAGCAUAGAACACUGCACAGGACUCUCUCCAUAAAGAUUUGGUGUGCAAAUGAAUGAGAAAGUGACAAAUGAUGAAGGAACACAUAAGAAUGGCCAAUGAUCAGGUCAAACUCACUACCACGAAUGAAAACAAUGAAACCUUGUCCAGUGGCUUUACCCUCAUGGGGCUCUUCACUCACGGUAAAGGCUCAGGAUUCUUUUUCGGUGUCAUUUGUGCCAUCUUCUUCAUGGCCGUGAUAGCUAAUGGGGUCAUGGUCUUCCUGAUUAACAUAGACCCUCAUCUCCACACCCCCAUGUACUUCCUCCUCAGCCACCUCUCCCUCAUUGACACAUUAUACAUCUCCACCAUUGUGCCCAAGAUGCUGGUAGAUUAUCUCGUGGGCCAGGGGACCAUCUCUUUCAUCGCCUGCACUGCUCAGUGCUUUCUCUACAUGGGCUUUAUGGGGGCUGAAUUCUUCCUGCUGGGGCUCAUGGCUUAUGACCGCUACGUGGCCAUCUGCAACCCACUGCACUAUCCUGUCCUCAUCAGCCAGCGGGUCUGCUGCAUGAUCCUGGCCAGCUCUUGGUUCGGCGGAGCUUUGGACACUUUUCUCCUCACCCCCAUCACCAUGAGUCUCCCGUUCUGUGCCUCUCACCAAAUCAAUCACUUUUUCUGUGAGGCACCCACCAUGCUGAGGCUGGCCUGUGGGGACAAAACCGCCUAUGAAACAGUGAUGUACGUGUGCUGUGUUGCAAUGCUACUCAUCCCCUUCUCGGUGGUGACUGCAUCCUACACCAGGAUUCUCAUCACAGUGCACCAGAUGACAUCGGCUGAAGGGAGGAAGAAGGCCUUUGCCACCUGCUCCUCACACAUGACUGUGGUGACAUUAUUCUAUGGGGCUGCCUUGUAUACGUAUAUGCUUCCCCAAUCCUACCACACCCCAAUCAAAGAUAAGGUCUUCUCUGCCUUUUACACCAUCCUCACCCCCUUAUUAAACCCUCUCAUCUACAGUCUGAGGAACAGGGAUGUGAUGGGUGCCUUGAAGAGAGUUGUGGCAAGAUGUUAAGGGACCUGUGGUGUGAUGAGGAAAGAAUUCUGAUCGUCUAAAACCUCCACAUCCUGUUUAGGCAUAUAUGGGCUUGCAUCAUGGAUACCAUGGGUAAUGCUGACUGGAACUGCCAAUACCAGCUGUGCUAAAUGGUGUGUCCAGCAGUACUUCCAUCCAAAAUGUGAAGAUGCUGUAACAGUCACACACAAACAAUACCAGCUGUGCUAAAAGGCGUAUCCAGCAGUACUUCCAUCCAAAAUGUGAAGAUGCUGUAACAGUCACACACAAACAAUACCGGAGUUCUAGAAACACCACUCGUGUUUAUUCUUUUGUUUCUACCAAUUCCAAGUCUUCUCUCAUAUCACUUCUCCGAUUGCAGUUCGUGUAUAUGAAUGCCCCCAAAUGUUGAGUUAACAUGACAUAUUCUGCCCAUCUUCAAUGGCUCCAUAAGAACUGGUGAUUUUGACUAUAUUGUUUAAACAAUCCAUCAAUUGGUUUAUCAAAGGUGUAGGGAUGUCAAGGUUCGAAAGACAUAUGAAAGAGACUAAACUGUCAUAAAACUGUAAAAGAAAAAUCUACAUACUUACACCAAGAUUUAGAAAAUCCAAAUAUCUCUUCUUUGAGUAACAACUGAAAACACUCCUCCUUUAUCUACAUUUGGAACUAAAAACAAUGAUUCUUGUGUUUUGUAGAAAUGCCAAGACUAAACCUUUAUGGGGGAGGGAGUCUGUGAUGUUAUUUUUUUAAUAUGGCAUCUAUAACUGUUACAUUGGAAGACACAGCAAAAGGUAGUUGAGAAAAAAAUGUCCUAUUAACUAG